CACACACACACACUUUUGACAAGAUCCAUCAUUAUAUAUUCACACAUGGCAGGGGUUUGGAUGUUCAAUCAAAACGGUGUGUUUCGGCUGGUGGAGAACCCGCAGGCCGAGGGGCCGUCGGCGUCGGAGAAUGGAAGGCACGGCGGGGGGAGGAGGAAGGUUCUGGUGUACUUGCCCACAGGGGAAGCGGUGAGGUCGUACGGCAGGCUGGAGCAAAUAUUGUGUGGAUUAGGUUGGGAAAGGUACAACGGUGGAGACCCGGAUUUGUACCAGUUUCACAAACAUUCUUCCAUUGAUCUCAUCUCUCUCCCUCGUGACUACUCCAAGUUCAACUCUGUUUAUAUGUACGACAUCGUCGUCAAGAAUCCCAGCCUCUUCCAUGUCAGAGAUGGCUGAUAUAUAUGCAUCUUCGUCUCUGUCUGGCACAUGAAUGUUGUCUUUCUGAUCAUUGAUUCUAAUCUAUGUAUGUUUAAUUGUAGUGCGUGUUCUUUUGAUCAUUCAGGUCAUUUUUUCACUUGUAAGUUAGUGUGUAUUUACUGUUUUUUUUUUCCCGAUAUGUAAGCGGGUGUGUGGUUUUUUUCUGGCUAGAUGGUCUAUGGGAGAACUCUGGCCGUUGAAUGUGUUUGUGUGGCAUAUUUCUUCCUGGUGAAGAAAUGAGGUGUUUUCGCAGUAUGCUUUGCAAGUUAUUUCAGACUUUGGUUGUGUAAUGUAGUAAUGGAUUUAGUUGUGACCAGUUCGAUCCCUGUUGGGAUCCAAGACACUGUAGUUUAAUUUGUCUGAUGUGA